AUGAUAUGUUUCACAGGUGAAGCGAACGAGAUGAGUUCAACUGCUGGACAGGUGAUCAAAUGCAAGGCCGCCGUCGCCUGGGAACCUGGAAAACCGCUCUCCAUCGAGGAAAUUGAGGUGGCUCCUCCGCAAGCCCAUGAAGUUCGCAUCAAGGUGGUUGCUACCGGCGUGUGCCACACUGAUGCCUUUUCACUGAGCGGAGACGACCCUUCUGGCGUUUUUCCUGUUAUCCUUGGUCAUGAGGGUGCUGGAAUUAUCGAAAGUGUUGGCAAGGGAGUGACCGGGUUAAAACCUGGAGAUCAUGUACUGCCGUUGUACAUCCCGCAAUGCUACGAAUGCAAGUUUUGCAAAAGCCCGAAAUCAAAUCUUUGUUCGAAAAUUAGUAGAGUUAUGAUGAUUUACCAACACAGGGACACCCAAGGCAAAGGCCUCAUGCCAGACGGUACCAGCAGAUUUUUCUGCAAGGGCAAAUCUUUGUUUCACUUCAUGGGCUGCAGCACUUUCAGUGAAUAUACAGUGGUUGCCGAUAUAUCGGUCGCAAAGGUUGACGAUAAGGCAACCCUUAACCGCAUUUGUCUGCUCGGCUGUGGGAUCCCCACUGGCUACGGCGCUGUGAUGAAUGCUGCGAAAGUUGAACCAGGAACAAAUGUUGCUGUUUGGGGCCUUGGCUGCGUAGGUCUCGCUGUUGUGAUGGGAGCAAAAGAAGCUGGUGCGGCCAGAGUGAUCGGCAUUGAUACGAAUCCCACAAAAUUUCUAACAGGUGUGGACUUCUGUAUGGUUUCUGUGAUCAUGUUUUGGUGGGUAAUGUGGUUACAAAUAUGUCGUAUGAAGUUAAAGUCCUAUCAAACGUGUCCUAUCAAGUUAAACGAGCUCCAUUCCAUGCUAUCGCUAUGUCGUGCAUUUCCGCGGUUUGAAUAGUC